AUGCAACAAAGGGGAGAAUAUGAGUCUGAGCCUGGUUUGAGUGAACCUGACAAGAACAACAUCGAGACCGAAGAAGAGAUGAGAAAACGACUUAGUCAGGGAGUUAAGAAGAACUUGGACAACGUAGUUGGUAUGCAGCUUGUUGGCACUCUUGAGAACCCCCACGAGACUUGGGACAAGACAGCACCGAUGGAUGAUGAUGAGAUUGACUCUCUGAUGCGGGACAUCCGAGAGAUCAAGCUUCUUUUGUUCUGCCGGCUUGUCCUUGUACAAGCCUCUCUCCUUCCAGCUGCUCUACGAGCCAGCAGCGUCGAUGAGUUUCUCAAUGACACCUCAGUUGCUGAGUCUAACCUGCGGGAUUUAUGCUUGAAGGUUGCGGAGCCUACCCUUCAGGACAUCCGAGACGCAUGUGCCGAUUUUGCCCGCGGGGACAAAGAAGAUGAGACGCCUCCAGUCAAGGACGACGACGAUGAUGAAGACGAAUCUUUGGAAGACCUACUCAAGGGUGAUUCCAGGUACCAGCAUCUCCACACCAACGACUGGUUCAAGGAAAGGCUCCUAAAACAGGCUGAGAGUUCUGGGAAGAAAAAGAAGAUCAAGAAGUCCCGACGCUUAAAGGCUAGGACAAAGGUCACCAUCUGUGGAAAGGGUAUCUGGAACCACUCGAGUGAAGAUGCAAUGUCUCGCGAUGGUUGGCUUCAGUUCUCCGUCAUGGCCAAGGAUUGUGAUCUCAAGCAUGCCAUCCAACUGUGCAGAAACUGGUCCGAAUUCUCCGACCUGAACCUUCUUGCCCUAUGGCAAUAUUUCCCAGCGUCAAACUGGACCUCCUGGUCUUGCGACAAGUUCAUGCAGCAGCUUCAGCAGCUGGGUUUCUUCCCAUACUUUACUGAUCUGGAUGCCGAUCGCAACACCUAUGUCCGGGAGGUGGGCGGUCGAAGCCAAGCACGACGACAACACGAGAUUUUAGAGUCAAGAAACGUUCUGAUUGGAAACAUGAAGAGGAAUGACCCUGUAACUCGUCGCUUCAUCCAGUAUCUUCUGAUGCGCACGGGGGAAAUAUUGGUCAUGGUGCGAGAUGGUAGAACCGGUCGUGUUAUUACUGCACCCAGAGAUGACCACCUUUGGACAUGCCGCAAGACGGAAGGACUCGAAAAGGCUUCUAAGAAUGAAUGGGACAGCGUCUUGUCUAUGGGCCCUGACUUCAUGAAGCUGACAGACAUGUUGCGAGAGUGGCGAUUCGGAUUCUCCGACUACUAUGAUGUCUUCAUCUGGGACUUUGUGCCUGGCAAGUCGUUUAUUAACAUGUACAAUACCACCGUUAUGGAACUCAGCAACGCGUGGCGCAUCAACCAACCUGGCGAAAUGUACUGCUCCAUGGAACCUCUUCUACGAAGUCUCCAUAGAAACGAAGAGACAAUGCGCACUCGUCAGAUCAAACCCGGCGAAAAUGUUGAGAGUCUCUGGGAGACUGUCAUGGGCGAAAGCUCAGAGUUCCGUUUUCUCAAAAUCGGCGGUCAUAAGAUGACGUGUAGCACCGAAGCUGACAUUGCUGGGUUGCCGUAUAUGUUCUACAACCGGGUAAAUGCUCUUGAAGAUGCCAUUCUUUUCCCAGAUGAGCUUGACUCUACAAGACCCUCAGUGGCGUUCCGGGAGAUCAAAAAUGGUGUUUCAGACAUUGAGUGGUAUACUCUGCCCAGCGAAGCUAGGUACGUUGCCAAGGGGUUGGCUGCUACCAACAAGGAAAGGGAUCCCAAGAAUGAUAUGCGCUUGGCAAAUGAGCAGCAAGACGAACACAUUUGGGGUCUACCAAAGGUUUGGGAGACUGGUCUCCGGCAAGCUCGUCAAGAAAAACCUACCAAAGCCCAGCAGGCUCUCCUUGAACGGACUGGACUGCUCAAUUCUCAUAAAUCUUUGUCGUUUGAGCAGAGACUUGAUGUCUCUGAUCCUGAGGAGUUGAUGGACAGAGACCGUGGUUUUAGCUUCAAGGAGUCCCUACAUGCUGGCGAUCUUGAGCCGGGUUACAAUGUCAAAUACGAACAAUUACAAGAACGACUCCGUGCUAUGCUUGGAUCUCCCCGCGCUGGCUCAACGGAUGGGAUUUGGUACAUGGCCGAGAUUCUCGACUGGCUUGAAAUUCGAGGCGACUACGACGAUUAUGCGAAGGAUCCCUUUGCACCAUGGCCACAUUCCUUCAUUGUGCAGGACCUAGUACAUGCCUUUGCUAUGAUGGCUAUGUUCUUCCCAGACUCGCACGUCACAACUUUUGUAACCAUGUUCAUAAAUUCCAGUCAGUGCGACGAGUUUAGAAAGUCUGGCUUGUUCGAUCCUAAAGAACGAAGCAAAACUCGUCCAGAUCGACGAACAGGAACCAGCUUUCAGUUUCGUGACAAGGGCUUCUGGAAGAAAUGGGAGGCCUUCUACGACAGUGAGACCAACAGUUCUUAUGCUGAUGUGUAUCCCAUGGAAUGGAGUCUUACAGUCCGACCCAUCAUUGCCCACCUGUACCGCUCCGGUGUUAUCGCUCCAUCAUAUGCCCAAAACAAUUCCGAGGUCGUUUUUGGCAUGGCCACUGCAAACAAGGAACCCCAUCGCCCAGGCGAGUUGGACCUUUUCAUCAGUUACAAGGAUCAAUACGGCAAAUUCCCCAUGAAUUUCCCGCCCAUCUAUCCCCACCCGUCCAAGUGGCCACAAGUAAUUCCUUGCGUCCAAGACUUCUCCAAGAAACACGACAACGCCCGAUUCGCACUCCUCAGAAUUUGGUCAGCACCGCAUUACUACCCGAUCAUGGUCGGCCAAUCCAAUCGCCCGUCUACCAGUUUCCUCGACAGCCUUUGCCGAUCGUGGGAGUGGAAGUUUGUGCCUAAAGACAUGCCGGGUAGCGAGUACACCCUACAUCUCGCAACGAGCAUGAGAUUGGAGACGCUAAAGCACAAAUUUGGAGAUCGUGUGAUGAGCCGCGGCGAUCUGAUCGUCGUGAUGGGCGAGGACGCGGAUGAUCUUCUCAAAUUCUGCACAGCUGUUACGUUGGCUGUACAGACAAGGCCUUGGUAUCGGGAGGUGGACCUGUGGAAGAGCUUUAUCAACGUGGACUUGGAAUUCAUCGAGGGCUUGGAAUCUUACUGGCUCGAUUAA